CGACCUAAGUGAUAUUUUCUCGAGAAAAUAGCGGGGGUCGAAAAUUCAAAAAAAAAAAAAAACGGAGGAGAAACCAAAAAUGGAGCUCCUCAAGCUGUCAAAAUUCAAAUUGCAGCUUCAAUCGAUGAUCGGAGAAGUGAGAGAUCUGCGUGAAAGGGAGCGAUCAGUGACGGAUCACUUGAAUCUCAUCAACCAGAAACAGAAGCAGACGGAGGAGGAGUACAGCAGGAAAGUGCACGAGCUAGAAUCUGAGUUAGUUUCUUCUAGAGAAACGCAAGAGGCACUCGAGAGGAAGGUGAGUUACCUCCAGAACGACUAUAGUUUGCUGGAGAGCAAGCAGAACGAAUUGAAGAGUACUAUCCAAAACCUGCUUCAGUCACGAGAAAGUUUCUUAAACGCUUACCAGGAGUCGUUUAGUGAGAUGAGAUGUUCAGUUGAGGCCAGGGAUAGGAAGAUUGGUAUCCUUCACCAGAAGAUAACAUCUCACUUGGCAUUGUUUGAUUCAAUUGAGAAAGAGGCGUCGGCGAUCAAAAACGUUAUUCAGGAAGUUCAGGGACUUGUGGAUCAAAAAGAAGAUGUAGUGGCUGGAUUGAAAGAAAAAAUGGAGCAUGUCUCUACAUAUGAGAAAGUAUUCAUCGAGAAAAUCAGCACUUUAGAGGAGACAAUUGAAUAUCAGGAAACAGAAUUACAGAGCAAGGAUAAUAGAAUAUCAGAGCUUUGCGCUCAGCUGGAAGAAGCAAAGAUGAAAAAUGAAUAUCAACUUCAAAUCGAAGAGUUUCAGAAAACUUUGAAGGUCAAAGAUUUAGUUGUGGAGAACUUGAUUUCUGAGAAGGAGGCAUUGCAUUCUGAAGUGAGGAGUCUAGAGAUGAUCUUGUUGCGGAUUCAGGAAUCUGUCACCCAUAUGACCGAAGAGGACAGAAGAGUGUUCACAUCAAUACUGACACUCGAACAAGGUGCUGAUGAAAGAAACAGCCAUUCGAGGUACAAUGAUGCAGUUGACAAAACGGAGGAACUUGCAUGUGAAGCUCCUAUUAUGGGUUCCCAAGAAAAUUCAGUAAACGUUAUUUCAUCAGCGUCUCCUCGGUGUGCGCACCAAAACACAGGCUGCAGUUUGGUACAGGAAGCUGAUCAUGGACCGGACUCGGGGCAGUAUCUGCAGCAUAACAACGUCAGUGGCCAUUGGCAGAGUACUAAUAAAAAUGACCACUUUGACACCGAGGACAAGUGCAAAGACUUAAUGAACCAGCCUGGUUCAGAGUGCUCAACUAAUCGUGUAUAGUAAGUAAGGGAAGUGUCUAAUCACGAUUUAUGAUCGUUAUCACUUCUUAUCGUUAUACUCUUGUACACGACUAGUUAGGACUCGUGUCAUAUAACGACAAGAACAUGAAUUUUCUACUCACACGCAAUGAACAAGAGAAAAGGUAUUUUCUUUGCAUUUCUAUAAAGAUUGGAAACGAAAUAUAGGUC